AUGGAAAAUAAGUCCAACUGGACUUGGUUCCUUGAGCUACUCAAUGGUGAUCUAUACCUUAUUGAUGGAAGGGGCUUGGUAGUUAUAUCUGAUCAACUUAUUGGUUUGUUGCAAUUUGUUAAAGAUAUAUUGCCACAUGUGGAGCACAGGCAAUGUGCCCGAAACAUAUAUGCAAAUUUUAGAAAAGCUUACACUGGGGUGGAGUUGAAGAAGUUGUUUUGGGCUGCAGCUAUGAGCUGUGUGGAAGGUGAUUUCAAGAGACAUAUGGACAUAAUUAAAAAGCUCAAUCCUAGUGCAUAUGAGCAUAUCAUGUCCAAAGAACCCCAAACAUGGUGUAGAGCUUACAUGAGUACAGGGAAUGCAUGUAAGGCAGUGGAGAAUGGUAUAUCAGAGUGCUUCAACUCCAUCAUUGUGGAUGCUAGGAAAAAGCCAUUGAUCAUAAUGCUUGAAGAAAUAAGGAUAUACAUCAUGGAAAGGUUUGCUCACAUGAUUGAGGAAAGCACUAAAUGGAAUACACGUAUAUGUCCAGCAGUGUUAAAGAAGAUGAAGCUUUUUGGGAAGAACAUGAGGUUUUGGUUAGUAAUUCAUAGUCAACAUGUGUUUGAAGCAAGGAGAGGAUGUAAUAGAUACAUGGUGGAUUUAGAUGGAAGGUAUUGUACCUGCAGGUUAUGGGAUCUGGCUGGGAUCCCAUGUGUUCAUGCCAUUGCAACCAUCAACUAUAUCCAACAAACACCUGAUGAGUACAUUGAUCACAUGUUUUCUAAGGAAAAAUUCCUUAAGUGUUACUUUGCUAACACUAGUCCAGUGAAUGGUUCAAAUCUAUGGCCUCAAACUGAAUUUGUAAAGCCCUUGCCACCUGUGUCAAGGAGAAUGCCUAGUAGGCCAAAGCCAGAAGGGAUCCAAGAAUGCAACCAGGGAACCUAUCCCUAUGCCACCAAAGAAGAAAGGAAGGAAAGGAAGGAACAAUGUGAACCCAAUCAAGCAUCAUGUGAUAGGUUUGAGAGGCAGGAACACAUCCCUAUGCUACCAAAGAAGAAAGGAAGGACAAGGAAGGAACAAUUUGAACCCACUCAAGCAUCAUGUGAUAGGUAUGAGAGGCAGGAAGCAGUUCCUAUGCUACCAAAGAAGAAAGGAAGGGCAAGGAAAAAGGUCCAAUAUGACCCAAAUCAAGCAUCAGGUUCUAAAUUUGUUAAAAGCAAAAGGAAGUUGGGGAUAAAUUUGUAA